AUGCCAGCUGCGACGUUUUUCUAUCUCCUAUUGGGUCUCGUCGCCGCUGCAGAGACUGGCCUGCUUGGCUAUCUCGUCCACGAAUUUGAGGAUAAUGGAUAUCCGGCUGGAAGAGGAUCGAAUGGAACACCGAAUCAGAUGCGAGUAUUGAUUAUACUGCUGCUGUUUACUGCCUCAUGGACAACCCUCUUUGCAUUUGUAUUCUUCUGCUUUGUCGCCCGUGGAACCUUUGCUGCACUCGCUGGACUUGGUACUUCACUGCUUUGGCUGGCUGUUACCAUUGUCCUCUGGGCUGUCUCGACUACCUUUUUCCAUCGCAUCCGCAUUGGCGGAGAAUGCGAGGGUGAACCGACUAUCUCUCUAUGCCGACAACUUGAGACCGUCGAGGCUCUCGGAUGGACUGCUCUUGGGCUUGCUGGGCUCACGCUCAUUGCAACCUUUUUCUCCUGGAGAAGCUACAGAUCUUACCGUCGUGGUGGCUACCGAGUGUAA